AAGUGCCACUCAGAACUUUCAUGCUUCAGUUGGCUCAAGCGUCCAGUUUGUCCUCCAGACCGCACAGCUUCCCAGUCCUUCAGCAUGGCCGCUGGCUCCCCCGUGAAUGCUUCUGAACUUCCCCUCGACUUGGUGAGCCCCUCAGUUGAAGUGGAUGCACCCUUGGAUGACAGGGACAUUGAACUGGUGCAGACCACUUUUGAGAAGGUUGCAGCCCUUGGACCUGAAGCAGCUGGACGUGUCCUCUUUGGCCACAUCUUCCGCAUCGCGCCUGAGGCAAAAGAGCUUUUUCCGUUUGCCAAAGAUGAGGAAACCAUGUGGCUGCCAGGAAGCAGGCUGGAGAAGCAUGGUGCCAGGGUGGUAAGCACAGUGGCUACAGCAGUGUCCUUGUUGAAAGAUCUGGAUACUUUGGUGCCAGUCUUGCAAACGUUGGGCUUGAAGCACGUGGGCUACAAAGUGCUUCCACCCCACUACGAGAUCGUUGGCCAGGCAUUCAUUGCAACUUUGGAUGAUGCUUUGCAAACGGAGUUCACUGAGGCUGUGAAGAAUGCAUACCUCAAAGUCUGGAAGAUCGUGCAGGCAACGAUGAUCGGCGACAACUACGCAAAGUGAGCCUGACUGGGGCCUGAUGAGGCCUGAGGCUUGGGUGAGCAAGUGCAGCUGCGCAAGUUGUUGCAAAGCUGCAUUCGAGGGUGGCAGAAGAGGCCACGACUUUCAAGUCACCCCAGCCACUUUUGGUCUCAAGUUCAGAUUCAUUCUUUCUCUGGGAGACAGAGCAUUGGUUUUGCUUGAUGCUGUCUCUUCCCGAGCGAUGGUCGAAGACCUCGCAGGCAAGAGUCACCGUCCAGAUUUGAAGAAUCAUCGCCCAGAUUAGAAGACAUCAUGCGGAAAAGAAUGUGGAGCGGGGAGUGAACUUAUGCAGCUAACCCAGAUCUGUUUCGUUUUGCCUGUACAAGCGACGAUACAAGUGAAUCUAAGCAGCUUGAUUCAUGGACCGGAUGCAGAGUCGCAGAUGAUUUGGAAGUUGCCUAAGUCUAAGUGCCACUCAGAACUUUCAUGCUUCAGUUGGCUCAAGCGUCCA